GGACUGAAUGGGGAUUUUUUUUUAGACUCAAAUAAAAAAUUUAAGCUUCUUCUAUUGUGUAUAACCAGUAUGUAUUUGAUGGCAUUGCAAGUCUUAUUAUUAGCUAUAAAUCCAUAGAAAUGUGUUGGACAAAAAUUUAGUCACUGUUUUGUACUUCUAAUACAAUUGUGAAGCUGGCUUUUGCAGGCGUGGAAACUUAUGCUGGUUUGACUCUUUUCUUUCUGUUGUUUUACAGUCUGGCUGCUAUUUGGUUUCAGUUUGAUGAAGUUUUGCUACCAAAAAAACAACUAAAAAAAUUGUUUUCCAUUCUGUUGCAGACUUCUUUCUGUCCGUUGGUCUGGGUUUAGGAAAAACCGAUACUCCUCAAACUAAAUCACAGAAAAGUAUGAGUAGUGAGAGAACAUUUUCAGCCACUAAUGAUGAGCAAUUGCUUUAUCAGAAGUUAGCGGAUACUGCAGAGAUGCUCGCAAAUGACAUGGAGAAAGGAGGUCUUCGUGGGCGAACGCUGACGCUAAAAUUGAAGACGGUAUCUUUUGAGGUUCGAACUAGGGCUGUAUCUUUGCAAAAAUAUAUUUGCUCAAGUCAGGACAUCUUAAUUCAUGCUUCCAAGUUGCUCAAGGCUGAGCUUCCUCUUUCUUUGAGAUUGAUUGGACUGCGAAUGUCUCAGUUCAAUGAUGAGAAAUGUGGUCUUGCUGAUCGAAUGCAGAAGACUCUUAUGAACUUUGUUACCUCAGGCGUUUCUUCUGAAAAAGCUAUGAGUGAUAAUAAUUCAAUUGGUUCUAAUGUCGAUGAUAAUCAUAUCACGUUUGGCACCAAAACAGGUCUUCCCAUUGACAGCCAGAUCCAUCACUUAGAUGUCAAGCAUACUGAUGAUUCGGAGGACCCAUCCAAUUCCAAUCAAUCAUUUGACACUGAGCGUAGCAUCUUCAGCAGUGAUGCUUGUGAAAUGGAAAAGGUUCACGAACCUCUGAGCAACAAAUCCCCGGCCAAGUCCAAGGGCAACAACAUGCAGGGAGGGGAAGAGAAAGUGAGCCUCACAGACGAGACCACAUUGUCAUCCAAUCAACAAGAACAGUCUUACUGGGUGGAUGGCUAUAAAUGUUCAUUGUGUGGAGUUGAACUUCCCCCUAGUUUUGCCGAGGAAAGGCAGGAACAUUCGGAUUAUCAUUUUGCAGAGAUGCUUCAGAAAAUGGAAUCUGAUCAUAAUUCAAGAUAUCCCUCACUGAAGCAAAG